AUGCAACCUCGACUAUCACAACAACUGCAGAGCAUCGACAACGGCAACAACAGGCAACAGCAUCAGCAGUAUGUUGAAGAACAUCAUUUACAACAACAUCAACAUAUUAGCCACCAUCACCAUCAUGUUGUUGAGUCGAGUGAGGUCAUCGAAGAAUCGGACGAACAGCAUUAUCAUGAACUCGAUCAUUAUAAACCGGAAGAGCCAGAUGGGGAAGAGCAUCAUCUGAUUGAAGAAGAACCUCCCCAUGAUGGAAAUGUCGAUCGACCACCUCCUGAUCAUGACCCUCUUGAUGAUGACGAUGAUGACGAGGAGCAAUUCUUUCUCAAAUGA